AUGUCUCUCAACCAUGACAUUAUUCACGCUGUCUGCACCCACCUUCCCCCCUCCUCUGUUGUCAAAGUUGCACAAACCUCCAAGACCAUGUACGAAGUUGCUAUGCGCCCAGCAUUGGCCACCGUCCACCUUCAAGAGUGGUACAACAAAAACAAAACCGAUGCUCUAGCAUGGGUGCAGUGGCUCGUUUCCAUCCAUCCCUACCUUCCCUAUCCUCCAUGCCACUACAUCAAGUCUCUUAUCACUCCUGAAAACCCCGAUCUCAUCCCCCAUUCAGUUCUCCAGAACCUCUUCAGCAGCUCACCAGGUCUCUCUGAGCUUGUGGUUCUCAACUCAGGAGAGAACCUCCACAUCAUCCACAUCUCCUUCAUUUCCAAGUUAACUACCCUCUCCUUGACCUCCGCGACUCUCCCCAGUGUUGCCACACUCACUCCCCUCCUCUCCGAACUUCCCCGUCUCUCCUCCCUGUCUGUGUCUCUCCAGGAUGGCACCAUCCCAUCCGACAUUACAGCUGAAGACUGGGGGAUUCUUCAUUCCUUCAUCCUCUCCCUCUCCAAAGUCACCCAACUCUCUUCCCUAUCCUUGUCAGGAUAUAGGAGCGAGUACGUGCAGGCUCUUGAGUCUGAGUUGGCGAAUUGGAUGGCCAUUGAGACACUUGGUGUUCAGUCUCCUCUUUUAGACCUCAACCAUCUCAAGUCCCUUGAACUCUGUUUGUGGCAGCCAUCUUUGGUCCCUCCUACCCCUUCCCUUCUUCACCUCUCUGUCUACUGCGACCGGACCUUUGCAGUCCUGUGGGCUCACCCUUUGCCCCACCUUCGCACCAUCGACAUCGACUUCAACCUCGAUCCAGAUUUCCAAUAUGUUGAUAACGACAACAACCGUUCCUUCUCCCAUAUCGACUCCCUCCGAUUUGAUGAGACCUGGUUCAUCCCUUCCACACAUGCCGACUACCAGGGUGGGGAGUUGCCUUUCAAGAUUCUCAAUCAUAUCAAGUCCUUAGCCUCCCUUUCCUUCAUCGAACUCUGGUGGGAGGACUAUGGAGAUUCCCUCACUGUCCCAUGCGAGAUGCUUACCAGAGCAGUGGAGCUCAACGUCAGGUCUCUGACUAUCAAGAAGUUUUGGAAUCACAGUCAAUGUGCUUUUGAUGUGCUUUUGGUCACUCUGACUCGGAGGUUCUCUCCAGUUCCUCUCAUCCAUCUCAGCAUUGGCUUUUCUCUGGACAGGCUGUUUGAAGGGCUCAACAUGGACAGUGGCACUGCUUGCAAGAAGUUGGCUGAGGCACUAGCCAAAGCCAUCCCCACUCUAGAGGUUCUGCAGCUGCAGAUUGUUGACCUGGAGGAAGACGAAGAAGAGGAAGAGGAAGAAGAAGAGAAGGUCAAGGAACAGGCCAAUGUAUGGUGGAGAAUCAAGCGUCAGGAUGAGGUCAUUCACUUGGAAGAGAUCUGGAGUGAUGUGGGAGAGGCUGCAGUGGGUUUGAUUCAGAGCAAGUCCUUCAGACUAGAGGAUCUCACAGAUCUAUUUGGUAGGAGUGGUAUCUACUACAAGUUGUAA